AGGAUCUUCGAACUGGUGUUGCUCGAGCAGGAGAGUAUCAAUGUAACAGCCUCAGGCUACGAACGACCAGGUCUUCUGACGACGUGCAAGAAAAUCGCCCACGAGACGACCGGCAUGCUCUACAGCGGUCGUACCUUCCACUUUGACAUCCAAGAGUUCGACACCAAGCCCCUACACGCCUUCAUCCGC